AUGACGGACGCGCGGCCGUAUGCGGCCGAGCAGCGCGGGUCCCGGGAGCGCGGCGGCGGCGGCGGCGGCGCGGGGGCGGCGGGCGGCAUGAGCGGGGCGGAGGGCGCGGGCCGGGCGCUAGCCGCGCUGCUGCUGGCCGCGUCCGUGCUGAGCGCCGCGCUGCUGGCCCCCGGCGGCUCCCCGACGCCAGACUUAGAAAAAAAAAGGCGCUUGGAGCUGAAGAUGGACCAGGCUUUGCUGCUCAUCCAUAAUGAACUGCCUGGGACAAACUUGACGGUCUACUGGAAUUUCGAUCGCUGUUAUCAUUGCCUGCUCCAGGUCCUGGUCGAAGUCUCCCAGAGCAGGAAACCCGGGGAGCCCAGCAUUGAGGCUGUGGCUGUGAGCACCCAGCACGGAUCCAUCCUGCAGCUUAAUGACACUGCGGAGGAGAAGCAAGUUUGUAGGCUGGAAUACAAAUUUGGAGAAUUUGGAAACUAUUCUCUCUUGGUAAAGCACACCCAUGAUGGAGUCAAUGAAAUUGCGUGUGACCUGGUCGUUAAUGAGAAGCCAGUUGACAGUAACCUUCCUGUGAUUAUCGCGUUCCUUGUCGGCCUGGUGCUCAUCAUCGUGGUGUCCUUUCUAAGGUUCUUGCUGAGCUUGGAAGACUUUCAUGAUUGGAUUUCUAAAGCCAUAAAUUCUCAGGAAACUGAUGGCCUCAUCAAUUCUGAGCUGGGGUCUCCGAGCAGGGUGGGCGACCCCCAACCAGAGGCCUGGCGUCAGUUGGCGGCCCCCCUGCGCCUCCGCUGCGUGGACACGUUCCGCGGGAUCGCUCUCAUCCUCAUGGUCUUCGUGAACUACGGAGGUGGGAGAUACUGGUACUUCAAGCACGCGAGUUGGAACGGACUGACGGUGGCUGACCUUGUGUUCCCGUGGUUUGUGUUCAUUAUGGGAUCUUCGAUCUUUCUGUCAAUGACUUCCAUUCUGCAGCGGGGAUGUUCAAAAUUCAGACUGCUGGGGAAAAUUGCAUGGAGGAGUUUCCUGUUAAUCUGUAUAGGGAUUGUCAUUGUGAACCCCAAUUAUUGCCUUGGUCCACUGUCCUGGGAGAAGGUGCGUAUCCCCGGCGUGCUCCAGCGGCUCGGGAGCACCUACUUUGUGGUCGCUGUGUUGGAGCUGCUCUUUGCCAAGCCCGUGCCUGAGAGCUGCACCUCGGAGAGAAGCUGCUUUUCUCUGCUGGACAUCACAUCCAGCUGGCCCCAGUGGCUCUUCGUCCUGAUGCUGGAAGGUGUUUGGCUGGCCUUGACCUUCUUCUUACCUGUUCCCGGAUGCCCUACUGGCUAUCUGGGCCCCGGGGGCCUCGGAGAUUGGGGCAAGUAUCCGAACUGCACCGGAGGCGCUGCCAGCUACAUUGACCGCCUGCUCCUGGGAGACCAUCACCUUUACCAGCAUCCCUCCUCGGCCGUGCUGUAUCACACCGAGGUGGCCUACGAUCCAGAAGGCAUCCUGGGGACCAUCAACUCCAUCGUGAUGGCGUUUUUAGGAGUUCAGGCAGGGAAAAUACUCCUGUAUUACAAGGAUCACACCAAAGGCAUCCUGAUCAGAUUCGCUGCCUGGGGUUGUUUUCUUGGGUUUAUUUCUGUUGCUUUGACAAAGGCUUCCGAAAAUGAAGGCUUUAUUCCAGUAAACAAAAACCUCUGGUCCGUCUCCUACGUCACCACGCUGAGCUCCUUCGCCUUCUUCAUCCUGCUGGUCCUGUACCCCGUUGUGGACGUGAAGGGGCUGUGGACGGGAACCCCGUUCUUCUACCCGGGAAUGAACUCGAUCUUGGUGUACGUGGGCCACGAGGUCUUUGCCAACUACUUCCCCUUCCAGUGGAGGCUGGGGGACGGCCAGUCACACAAGGAGCACCUCGUUCAGAACACAGUCGCCACUGCUCUCUGGGUGCUCAUCGCUUACGGUCUCUAUAGGAAGAAGGUGUUUUGGAAAAUCUGAGGCCCCAGCUGAGAUGUGUUGCUGGCAGACGACAGGGCCUGGGGCAUCAUUAAAAGGAGCCAUUCGUUA